CGUUAUACAGAUCAAGAACUUGAGCAAGCUACUUUCAUGUGUCUAAAACACAUAUAAAAAUGGAGAUGGGAGGUUGAGGGGGGCUUGCAAGUAGCUGUCCAGUGGAUGCUCCUUUGCAGCUUACACACUUUACAGCAGCAUUACAGCUGGGAAAUUUGUCAAUAACAGAAACUGAAAAUGUCCCAAGCGUGAAAAGCCCAGCAAGUCGUUGCCGACGUUGAUAAGAGGAGCGUGUCGAGCAGCUUUCAAGUCAGUUGCCAGCGAGCAACCACACGGCAUGGACGUGCCUCAGCAGAAAAACAAGGAAAAUUGAAAGCAAUCAGCAAGCAAGCAACCAGCAAACACAUAUUUACUGGCACUUUUUGAAGUCACAAACUGGACAACGGUCAACAACAGAAGCUGCAGCAACAGCAACAGCAACACCAAAAGCAGCAACAGCAGCAGCAGAAGUAGCAAAAACAACAACAAGGAAAAAACUCAAACAUCAUCAGCAUUUUUAUCUGUGUUAUUUUUUUUUUGUUAUUUCUUUUGAUUGUUGUCGUUAACUUUUGAAGGUUGAAGGCAGUUACAAAGUGAAUGACUUUUGACUUGAGUGAAAGUGUAAAAACCAAAAAACAAAAAAACCAAAAAAAAAAAAAAGAAUAGUGUGCAAAUUGAAUGGAAAUGGAAAUGAGAAUGAAAAUAAGAAUGAAUAUUAUACAAUUAUUCAACUAUUUUGUACAAUUUUUUUUUGUAUUUGUAUCAAUUUCUCAAUUUGAUGAUUACGACAUUUCAUGCAUUCCAUCUGCGAAUAUAACAACACUCAACAUUUAACUUUUGAAGGCUGCGGCAUUUGCAAAACAAAAAAAAAAACGAAUAGUGAAUGGAAUUAUUUGUUGACGAGUGAACGAGUGUUUAACGAGUGAAUAGUGAAAGUAAUUGAUAAAGUACUUUCGUUUGUCAUUUGAAUGCGUGAGUGUGUGUGUUUUUGUGUGUGUGUGUAUCAAACGUGUCUCUGUCCGUUUUUGUGGCUCUUGUUGUGGUGACUGCAUUUGUGCAUUUCGCGCGCUCAAAAGUAGGCAACAUAAAAUUGUUCCUGUUUUUUUUUUGGUUGCUCCCCACAAAAUGUUGCUGUGUGCGUGCUGGGUGCUAAGUGUGUGUCUGUGCAUAUGCAUCUGUGUGGUCGUGUAUGUGUGCACGUGUGCGAGUUCGCAUUAUUCAAUUGCCGAAUGCUGAAGCCUUCUUCAUCUUGCUGCAGAACAACUUGUUGUCUAUGCAAUACAUCUAUAUUUUUUUUGCAUUGUUUUUUUUAACCUCUUGUUGUUUAGCGCAAGCUGAGAACUGAGCCAGUAAACAAAUACACCCACCGAUCCACUGCCAACUAGGGAAAUUGCCCACUGCCAAAAAUAAAUUACUGCAAUUAGACAACACAAUCUAACGAAGAUCAACAACAAUUCAAGAAAAAUUAUUAAAAAAAAUAAAUAAACAACUAACAAAAAACGAGCAGGUAAUUUGUCGUUCUGUUUAUUUUUUUUUUGGUUGUUAUAAAAGCCAGAGGGAUUUUCAACGAGAGGACUGAGCUGCAUCCGAAAUUCCAUCAAAGUAACUGUACGCAACAUUUGCAGCAUUUGCCCCGUGUGUGCAUAUGGAACUGAAAUUACCAAAAUGGAAUUCACAUAAUCACUCAGUGGCUCUCGUUAUACGCCGUAAUAGUUCGCAAUUUGUACGCGGAUAAAUAAGUUAAUAUUAAUCAGAAGUGUUCUAAGUUAGAAAUACUUACAUAACGAGCUUGGUACUAAAUGCAAUUCAUGUGUUGUCAUUUGUUUGGUGAUAAAGUAAAGCAAAUUAAUCGUGAUACUUAGACUGAUGUGUUUAUGCAAUUUCCCAAUAAAACGUCCCAAAAUAAUCAAAUGAAAUAUUAAUAUUAAAAAGCUCAGCUAAAAUUGUGACUCAAUAUUAAUAAUUGUAAUAUUUGACUCAACAUAUUUAAGUCUAUAUCUUCUCUGCUCCUCGUCCAUCUUGUGCAGAAUUUUCAGCCAAUUCGUGCUGUAAAACAUUUUUGGUUGAUUGUGUUUUAUUUCUUUUUUAUUCGAGUGCCAGCGAAAAUCAAAGCUUCAAUUGUUAUGCCUUGGAGCAAUGAACGAUAACGUAUCACGGCACCUGCCACGAUUUUACCGUGUCCGUUUAGUAUUUCUGUUACUGCUGUGUAUUUUGUUUUUGCUGCAAAGUCUACAAGUGUUCGCUUCCGUUUCCGCCUUGCUCAACUGUCUCGCUGCCCGUUACCAUUUCGAUUGCACCGAUUCACCUUCUUCACCUUCUCGCUUUGCUCACUGCUAAACUGUUUUGUGCUCUCUUCACGUCCAUUUCCAUUUUGCAUUUUGCAUUUUCAUUUCCAUUUCGCAGUACGACGUCUCUUCUGUCGUUUUUUUUGUUUUGCUAUUCAAAUAGUAACACUGGCAUCGACAUCAUUUUGAAGCUCAUGAAUGACUUCGAUUUACCAGCUAGUUUUCGUUUUAUUGUUUUUUGCGUUCUUUUUCACACUACGUGUAAUCGUAUUGAUCUUGCCCGUUUUGUCUAAAUUCAUGACGUAUCCGAAACUGAAACCGAACGUGGAUCCUCAAAGACACAAACACUUCAAUACGACACAUAAUACGGUGAUAAGGCAGCAAAGUGCUUCGCCGCAAACGAUGAUUACAAGAUUAUACAAUACGGAAGAGGAUCCCGCCUAUUGCUCAUUCAUCUGGGGCGGAAAUCUUAGCAGCAACGAUCUCGUUCUCGGCACUCCAGCUAACGCGUCUCAGAUAUUCAGCAAUGAUCUGCGGGACGACAUAUAUACGCAGGACGUGGAGGAUCCGCGCACCGAAUCUCUACGCCAAUACUGCUACGGCCUCAUGCUGCCAAUCAUCUGCUCACUCGGCAUCAUGGGCAAUGUUCUUAAUUUAAUUGUCCUCACCCGUCGAAAUAUGCGGGGGACUGCGUACAUCUACAUGCGAGCGUACUCAACAGCCGCUCUGCUUGCAAUUGUCUUUGCCAUACCCUUUGGCAUACGCAUGCUCGUCCACAAAGAUCGUGGACAGUGGGAGGAAUUCGGACCGGCGUUCUACACGGCACACUUGGAGCUUUUUCUCGGAAAUGGUUGCUUGGGAGUGGGUGUAAUGAUGCUUUUAGUGUUAACUAUCGAGCGCUACGUGUCUGUCUGUCAUCCGGGAUGCACAAGACCUGUGAUAGGACCGCCAGGUUUGGUUGUGUUUCUGACCAGCUUUCUCACAUUCAUCAUCUACUUGCCGAGCAUCUUUCGCGGCGAGCUGAUCAAGUGCAUGCUGGUGCCGAACAAUGUGUUCGUCUAUUUGCGUCGUGACAACACCGACUAUCAGCGCACUCUAUUCUAUUCGGUGUACAAGGUGAUGCUCGAGGUCAUAUUCAAGCUAAUACCAACUGUGUUGAUUGCCGGCCUCAAUUUGCGCAUCGUUUUGGUCUAUCGACGCACCUGCGAGCGACGACGUCAGAUGGUUUUGUCCCGCAUCAACUAUGUGAAGGACGAUGAUCCGCGAAAAUUUGCCGAGGAGCGACGAUUAUUCCUGCUGCUCGGCAGCACAUCAAUUUUGUUCUUGGUGUGCGUUUCGCCGAUGGCCAUACUCCAUAUGACCAUAGCGUCGGAGGUGUUGCCGAGUUUUCCGUUUCAGGUGUUUCGGGCGCUCGCCAAUCUGCUGGAGCUAAUCAACUAUUCGAUCACGUUCUAUAUCUAUUGUCUGUUCAGCGAGGACUUUCGCAACACGCUGAUGCGCACCAUCAAAUGGCCGUGGCUGAAGGCCAAGCUCUGUCAUUAUGGGGAUGAGACUACACAGACCAUCAAGGGUGUUCCAAUGGUGCGAUUCGAUAAGGUGACCAUACGCAAUCAUCAACACCACAUCACCACCACAUCCGGCAUUGGACGGUCCAGCAGCAUCUAGUCCAGGUUAAGUUCCCACGCCUCUCCGCAAGCCCCCCAUUCCCCUCAGUCCCCGCAGUCCCCUCACGUCCAUGCCCAAUUGCACACACCCCAACCCCCAGCCCAAGCAGGCCAUUCGCAAUCUCCGUCUGACAUUCUGCCCCAGUGCCACGCCCACAGUCAAUGCUGCUCGAUAGCUAACAAACGCAUCCAAGGCAAACUAAUGGUGCCCACUUACCGAACCUCCUAUCGGCCCACCCGUUAAUUGAUGCUGGACUCUUCCUCAGCUGACAAGAUUCUUGUUCAACAUUAAACAUAGACAAAAAGAGCAAAAUAGCAUCUAUCUAUCUAUCCUUCAUCAUCAUCUACGAUUCCUUAAGAGUGUCUACAUAUAUAUCAGCAAGUACAAUACAGUACAAAAAACAAAAAAACAAAAACAGAAUAUGUGAAAAUAUAUUUAAAUGUUCCAUAAAAGAAACCGAAAAUACAAAAUACAUAAUACGGAAAUAAUUCCAUACAAGUUAUAGGUGUGCAAUUAAUAUAAUAACGGAAUACAUUACAAGGAAAAAACAUACAUACAUACAGUUCAAUGCAAAAUAAAAUCGAUGUUAAUAUACCAUAUAUGCAAAAUAUCAUACUCUAAUAAAAUAAAACCAAAUCAAGAGAUAGAAGUGGAGCAAAAGGCACUAAAAAGAGAGAUGAAGAAAAGAGUUUGGAUUGCAUUUAAGCUGAAAGCGAUCGACAUACCGCUAAUUUCGAAUUGGAUGAGGACGAAGUAAGCUAAAAGCUAUAAAGAAUAAUAUGUGAGCCCCAUACUUUGAGCUGGCAGUGGAAUGAUUAUUGAUGGAUCGAAUGGACAGAUCGAGCGGGAUUCCGUUGAUGAGCUUAUCUGAUCAAGAUUAAGAAUAUAUGUCAAAGAAUUUAAACACAAAAAAUAUUUAUAUACGUGCAUACAUAAAUAACCACAAAUCAAGAUAUAUUCGAAAAUAUAAUACUAAUAAUAAUAAUAAUAUCCAUGCAAUGUUCUCUGUGUGUAACAAAAUAGCAAACUAUCAAUUUCACGAAACGCUUCAGAGUACAAGAUAGAAUCCUUCACAUAUUGAUGAAGACACCCACACACACACACAUACACACUUAUUUACAGGCACUCACAUACAAUCAUACACACACACACACAUGCAGACAAUACAUAGACAUACAAUUGAACAUACCUCCAUCCAGGACAGAAGAUGAAAAUACAAAAAAAAAACAAAAUACAA